GGCGCUCGCGAAAGCUCGCGGUCGCUUUGAGGCGCGCGCUGGCGGUCCUCCUUCGCUACGUUUACCUGAGGGACCCGCGCCCACCCACGGCCGGCGCCGCAGCCCCUCUAGGAGCCCGGACCCGAGGUGUGAGAUAUUUCAGUCAAGGGAAGAAAUAGCUCUUCUCCUAAGAUGGAAUCUGUUGUUUGGGAAUGUGGUUGAUCAACUUGAUCUGUUGGCCAAGUGGUGCCCUAUGUAAUAAAAUGAAAAGAAGAGGCAAGAUGAUGUCAUUUUCCCAUAUUGUGAAACCAAAAACAAAUGCCUUUUGUGAGACCAAGUUAACAAACCUCUGACGGUGCAAAGAGUAUUUCUGUUUGAAGAACUUAACAGAAAGAUCGAAGAAGUACUUUCAAGCUGAGACCUGCAAGUGUACAGAGAUCUAACAUACAUAUUGAGUAGGCCUGAUCAUCUGAUUCUCAUUCAGUCAAGGAAGCAUGGCUGUGAGUUGGACCGUCUUCAUUCUGUGGCCCUUGACUUUGUUUGUGAGGCAUAUAGGUGGGCACAGUUUGUUUUCUUGUGAACCUAUUACCUUGAGGAUGUGCCAAGAUUUGCCUUAUAAUACUACCUUCAUGCCUAAUCUUCUGAAUCAUUAUGACCAACAGACAGCAGCUUUAGCAAUGGAGCCAUUCCACCCUAUGGUGAAUUUGGAUUGUUCUCGGGAUUUCCGGCCAUUUCUUUGUGCACUCUAUGCUCCUAUUUGUAUGGAAUACGGACGUGUCACACUUCCCUGCCGUAGGCUCUGUCAACGGGCUUACAGUGAGUGUUCGAAGCUCAUGGAGAUGUUUGGUGUUCCUUGGCCUGAAGAUAUGGAAUGCAGUAGGUUCCCAGAUUGUGAUGAGCCGUAUCCUCGACUUGUGGAUCUGAAUUUAGCUGGAGAUCCUACUGAAGGAGCCCCAGUGGCAGUGCAGAGGGACUAUGGUUUUUGGUGUCCCCGAGAGUUGAAAAUUGAUCCUGAUCUUGGCUAUUCUUUUUUGCACGUGCGUGAUUGUUCACCUCCUUGUCCAAAUAUGUACUUUAGGAGAGAAGAACUUUCAUUUGCUCGAUAUUUCAUAGGAUUGAUUUCAAUCAUUUGCCUCUCUGCCACAUUAUUUACUUUUUUAACUUUUUUGAUUGAUGUCACAAGAUUCCGUUAUCCUGAAAGACCUAUUAUAUUUUAUGCAGUCUGCUACAUGAUGGUAUCGUUAAUUUUCUUUAUUGGGUUUUUGCUUGAGGACCGAGUAGCCUGCAAUGCAUCUAGCCCUGCACAAUAUAAGGCUUCCACAGUGACACAAGGAUCUCAUAAUAAAGCCUGUACCAUGCUUUUUAUGGUACUCUAUUUUUUUACUAUGGCUGGCAGCGUUUGGUGGGUAAUUCUUACCAUCACGUGGUUCUUGGCAGCUGUGCCAAAGUGGGGUAGUGAAGCUAUUGAGAAGAAGGCAUUGCUAUUUCACGCCAGCGCGUGGGGCAUCCCUGGAACUCUAACUAUCAUCCUUUUAGCGAUGAAUAAAAUUGAAGGUGACAAUAUCAGUGGCGUGUGUUUUGUUGGCCUCUACGAUGUUGAUUCAUUGAGGUAUUUUGUUCUUGCACCCCUCUGCCUGUAUGUGGUAGUUGGGGUUUCACUUCUCUUAGCCGGCAUCAUAUCCCUAAACAGAGUUCGAAUUGAGAUUCCAUUAGAAAAGGAGAACCAAGAUAAACUGGUGAAGUUUAUGAUCCGGAUUGGUGUUUUCAGCAUUCUUUAUCUUGUACCACUCUUGGUUGUAAUUGGAUGCUACUUUUAUGAGCAAGCUUACCGUGGCAUCUGGGAAACAACAUGGAUACAAGAACGCUGCAGAGAAUAUCACAUUCCAUGUCCAUAUCAGCAGUGUGCCAAAGCAGAGAAUGGAAGAAAUAGCAAGAAGGUUACUCAAAUGAGUCGUCCAGACCUGAUUGUCUUUCUGAUGAAAUACCUGAUGGCUCUCAUAGUUGGUAUUCCUUCCAUUUUUUGGGUUGGAAGCAAAAAGACAUGCUUUGAAUGGGCCAGUUUUUUUCAUGGUCGUAGGAAAAAAGAGAUAGUGAAUGAGAGCCGACAGGUACUCCAGGAACCUGAUUUCGCUCAGUCCCUCCUGAGGGAUCCAAAUACUCCUAUUAUAAGAAAAUCAAGAGGAACUUCCACUCAAGGAACAUCCACACAUGCUUCUUCAACUCAGCUGGCCAUGGUGGAUGAUCAGAGAAGCAAAGCAGGGAGUGUCCACAGCAAAGUGAGCAGCUACCAUGGCAGCCUCCACAGAUCCCGUGAUGGCAGGUACACUCCCUGCAGUUACAGAGGAAUGGAGGAGAGACUACCUCAUGGCAGCAUGUCACGACUCACGGAUCACUCCAGGCACAGUAGCUCUCAUCGGCUCAAUGAACAGUCACGACAUAGCAGCAUCAGAGAUCUCAGUAAUAAUCCUCUGACUCACAUCACACAUGGCACCAGCAUGAAUCGGGUUAUUGAAGAAGAUGGAACCAGUGCUUAAAUUGUCCUAAGGUGGAAAACUUGUGUUGUUUAAAAAGCAGAUUUUCUUCUUUGCCUUUGCAUGACUGAUUGCCGUAACUCACUGUUAUGAUGCUUUCAGUCAGGUGCAGAUUGUGUCCAUUGAAAAGUAAACUUUUGCUUUUUAUAUUGCAACAAACUUGUAACAUCAAGGCAUCCAAAAUGCUAAGAAUUAUCGCAUAAAUAAUUCUUAUUUCUAGGUUAUGAAGAAAUAAUUAUUUGUCUGGUAAGCAUUUUUAUAAACCCAUUUGUUUUAUAUUUAGAAAAAUCCUAAAUGUGUGGUGACUGCUUUAUAGUGAACUUUCAUAUAAUAUCAACUAGUUGUGAGAUAACAUUCUGGUAGUUCUGUUAAUAAAACAAAAUUUCAGAAUUGAAGAAAUUUUCUAUGCAAGGUUUAUUUCUCAGAUAAACAGUAGGACUUUGUAGUUUCCUUUCCACUAAGUGAAAAAGAACUGUGUUUUUAAACUGUAGGAGAAUUUAAUAAAUCAGCAAGGGUAUUUUAGCUAAUAGAAUAUAAAAUCAACAGAAGAAUCUGAUUAGUCUAUUGAAGGCUCUUUUGAAAUUCUAUCAAAAUAAUCUUUAUUCAGAGAAAUACAGGAGCAGGAUUAGCAACGGAGUAAAAGCGGAGAUGGGCAUUUUUCCCGGUAAUUGUGCUGUUUUUAUUACUUUUGUAAAUAUUACUUUUACUGGCUGUGUUUUUAUAACUUAUCCAUAUGCAUGAUGGAAAAUUUUUACUUUGUAGCCAUGUUUUCCCAUGUAGUAGUAUUGAUUCCUAGAGAACUUCAUGUUCAGAUAUGUUCUGUGGAAGCAUGUAAUAGAAUAAGCAUCACACAUUAUAAGGUUUUUUGUGGUAACCAUAAUUACAAAAUGGCAAAAUGUUUCCUCUGUAUUCGUCAUUGUAUUUUUCUACAGUGAGAUGUGAUCUUGCCAAAGCCACCAGAUCUUGGUAUCCAGGCCCCUCCUGUCAGUGGGUUGAUUGUCUGCACUUGCAUUGCCCAGUAGCCAAUAGGCUACAGCUUUUGCCCCACACCCUUAUUUUCAGAUUCUGGAUCAUUCUUGUUUAUAGCUGAAAUACAUAUAACCUAAGUCCAAAGAGGUGAUUAAUUUGGGGUAUUUGAAAAUCACUGUAGCUAAAUGGAGCAUGAUUAGUCCUGCUGUGAAGUAUCCUUUAAUCUUAAAAAUAUCAACUCAAAAAUGUUUGGCAUUUUGUCUUAUGAAAUUUAAAUAAUGUAUAAUAAAAACUGUGAAGUUUAUUAGGCGUGAAAUUGAUCGGAAGGGAAAGAAAACUUCUGGAAAAUGCUGGAUGUGUUUUAUAGAAAAGUAUAUUUAAACAAGGGAUCCUCAACGCUGACUACAGAUAAGAAUCACUUGGGGAGCCUCUGAUACCGGACACCUUCCUCUCAUUCAGAUGACAACUGGUAGUUUUUUAAAAAGCUUUCCAGGUGAUUCUAAUCUGAAACCUGGCUGCAAGGUGUUUUAAACUAACUUGCCUCUGAUGAUAAUGUCAUGGCAUCAUGUUGUAUCACGUGAAAAUCUAGCUGGAUUCAGUGUUAUGCUUUUAUAUCAUUACCUGGUAUACAACGGGAAUUCUGGAUCCCACUUCUAAGGAUUCUUACUCAUUAAGUCAAAGGUGAUGGUAGGCCUUUAUAAUCUGGUUGUAAAAAGAAAUACCACAGGUGAUUCUUAUGCAAGUAUCCAAGAAUCACACUUCAAAAAAUAUUCUAGACUCUAAAGAGGCCUGGCUUUGCCAUAUGCUAAUUUUUUACCUUUAACAGGUCAGUUUCUCUGAGCCUCAGUUCCCUUGUUUAUAAAUGAAGACAGAAGAUAAAUACCUACCUCACAAAAUUGUCAAAUAGGUAUCAGAUGAAAACUCAUAUGAAAGCUCUUUGAAAAUUUUAAAGUGUUAUGAACUAUAAGGGAUUAAGAUUAUUGAGGAUUUAAGAGAUUUGUUUGAGGGCUACCAUAGUACAUUCCUUGACAUGUGUUUAAUUCAUGUGUACUUUUUCCUCUCCUUCUUUAAAACAAAAAGCACCAAGAAAUUAGGUGUUGACAGAAGCUUUUAUCAGGCGCAGAAGUCAGUUUUCUGAUAAUAAUAAUUUGUGUAUCAUGUUUUUUCUUUCAAAGUAUGUAUUUCUUAAUAUUUAUUAUUAAUUCUUCUUAAGAUAUAGUUGAAUAUUUGGCUCAAAUGCUUUACUUUUUCCUCCAUCUUCAUCGUCUUUUCCCUUGAAACUGGAGUUAAUACUCAAGUAGAGUCUGAAUUCCCUCACGUCUGACAGUUAGUAACCCUUUACUCUGAAAGCCAAACUUAUAACAACUCAUUUAUAAAUAAAUCAGUAAUUCUUGAGGCUUUUGUCUGAGGAUUUCCCCUGAGAACAGCAUGAGAGACCAAAACAAACAUUCAGACAAAAAAAAUAAGUUACUAUAGAAGGUACCAGUUUCAGCUCAAAGAUGUUGUCAUCCAUCGCCAUCUGCAUUAUAUUAUCAAUUGCCAAAAUGUUAAUUGGGGGCUCCCCUGGUGGCGCAGUGGUUGAGAGUCCGCCUGCUGAUGCAGGGGAUGCGGGUUCGUGCCCCAGUCCGGGAAGAUCCCACAUACCGCGGAGCGGCUGGGCCCGUGAGCCAUGGCCACUGAGCCUGCGCGUCCGGAGCCUGUGCUCCGCAACGGGAGAGGCCACAGCAGUGAGAGGCCCGCGUACCGCAAAAAAAAAAAAAAAAAAAAAAAGUUAAUUGGUUUUUUUGUGGGCCAAGUAUAGACAGUUAAGUGAACAUCAUUAUGAAAAUCUUAAACUUUGUGCUUCUUGAUUUUUAUAUAUUCAUUUGUAUCUUCUCUACUAAACUGUUGAUGUAUUUGUAAAGGAUAUAUUGGCCUCUCAGUUACUUUCAGUAUCUUAGUUUUGCUCCACAAAAUUUACUUAAUAUUGUUAAUGCAUUGUUUUAAAUAACCGUAUUUAGUUUGGGUUGUGUUAUUUAUCAAACUAGCGCUCCAAAUUAAGAUUUUUUUUCUUUAAAGAAACAGUUGAAGAACUAUAACAAAACAACAAUUUCAAGUCUCAACUAGCUUAAUCCAACAUAAGCAAGUCCUGACAGCUUUCCUACCAUAUGUUUAAUUUGUGUUGUGAUUGGCAUAUGAUAAUGUUUAGUAUUUUAUUUGUUCGGUUGACAACUGAGAAAAUAAUAGUUCUCUCUAAAAUGUUAAUAUAUAACUGAAAGGUUUUCGAGAAGUACUCUGAUUUCAGCAAUAUUGUAUUGAAUUUUUUCAGUGAUUAAAGCAAACAAUUCAAGACAAUAUUAAGCUCGAAACAGUAGUUUCAAAGAACAACUGAUUAGUAACUCAACAACUAGCAGAGGGCAUAGUACAUAGUAGAUUUUCAAUAAAUAUUUAAAUGAAUGAAUAACUCAUGUUAUGCAACUCACUUUCACUCUAGCAGUGAAGUCUCACUUCAAAGAAAUUUGAAGAGUCUAAAUUUAAACUAAGUGAAAUGAAGUCUCUGCUUUACCAGAAUAAUCUGCGGCAGUUAGUAAUAUGUGAAUUGCACCAAAUAAAGUGUAUUUCUCCUAGAGUAACAGUCCAUAUUGCUAUUUUAAUUAAAGAAAUAUAUAUACAAACUUGUACCAACACUUUAUAUUAAUUUAAAAGGUGAUGAGCAAUUCUUAGAGGUAUUUAGUUUCUUGUUGGUUUUAUGUGAAGUUAGAUCUUUGUGUAGUGGUUGGGUAAAUGAAUAUUCAAGUAAACCUUGAUUAAUGAUGAUUUUCUAAAAGCUGUUUCUUAGAGCAGAUUUAUGAAAAUUCUGAGAAUCUCUUCAAAUUAGAAAAAUUUACUACAUUUUAACCUACCUCAUUAGUUUCUUUGUGAUAAUAGCGGGCAGUAACCGAAGUUGAAACUGUAUUGGUUUAGGCUAUAUCCCCAUGAAAUAAAAGGAACUACUUAAAAGUUUUUUGAUAAAGUAGUGGAUCAUUGGCUUGAGCUUAGAAAGCAUUAAUAUACCAAAAUUUCACUAUGAUGAUAUUUAUAUUGCUUUUGACAUGCCAAAGGUAUAUUUACAUAUUAUCAUACUUGGAAUCAAAAGACCCAUAAUUAUGAUGUAAACUAGACAGCUCAUUUAAUUUCUCUUGGUCUCAGUUUCUUUGAUGUAAAAUAAGGAUAAGGUAAUUUGGGGCCCCGAAACCUACCUCACUGGACAUUGUGAGGAUCAAAUGAGAUAACAGGAAUUACAGUGCUCUUUAACCUGUAAGUUCCCCUACUGAUAGUAUGUGUUUUUGUUAGAAUUUUGGGGUUACAGAAAGCAAGAAUAAUGGUCUUCAGUGGUAUUUAGCAGUAACAACAGAAUAGGCAAUUAGACCAGUAUUCAUUUGGUAUAACCUUUAAGUCAGCAAUCCAAUUAAUCCUUUAAAAAUGAGGUUCUUUUUCAAGAGUGGCUAUGCCCUUAGAUUGUAUUGGUUCUUUAUUAUAUGUUAUACCAGAAUAUGUUUUCAAAUUUUAUAUGGCUGAAUUUGUAGGUCACUUUCAUCAGAAAUUUGGGGAUCUCCAUUAUGUUUUCUUUGAUACAGAAUGAUAUAACUACAUUAGCUUGGUUUCAAUGAAAUUUAUAAGAAAAAUAUAAAGAGAAGUGUAAGCCUUAUUUUUCUUUCUUUGAGGACUUUCAUGUGCCCAGUUCUUUCCAAUUAAGAACAAUUUUUAAAAUGUGAUUACUGUAACUGGUUGGUUUUCAUCGUAGCAAAACUUUACAUUUUAAGUGAUAAUAUUAUCUUGUUUGUAUAUUUGCAUAUAUAAUUUUUAAACCUGCAUAAAGUAAGGAUUUCUCCAUUCUUUUCCACACAUAAGCACUCAAAAGAGCAUUUUUAUAGAACUUAGGUUUACAAAGGAACUCAUGAUUCUUUUAAACUUCUUUUAUGCCUUUUUUACAACUGAUUAAAAUAAGAAAAAAUGUUUACAUUUAAUUCAGCUAUGUUUCUUGGUAGCUGUAUGAUUUUAUACAUUCUUAUAUCAUUUUAAUCUAUUUUAUAUGAAAAAAGUAUGUUGACAUCUCUUAAUAUUUUAGUUCUCUUCCCUUCUUUUUUGUUCCAAUUAUAUGAGUUUUGAGAAAGGAGUAGGAAGACUAAGCAACCUUUACCUUCCAUCUGACUAUAAUUAGUCUCCUGGGUUUUUUUCUAAUAUAAAUUCUAUAUUUCUUUAACAGCCAAAUUGAUAUCGGGUUAUAAUUUUCUCUCAGGAUCCAAAGUAUUCUGAGAAAGAAAAUGUUAAGGUCUAUCCAGAACCAGCCAUCUUUGCAGACAUUCCAAUUUGGUUGAUUUAUAAAGAUUUAAUAUAAUAAGUUAAUAAGCAUCUUUCUUAUUCUGUGAUCUCUAAUUAGAAAGUAAAAAUUCUGUUGCCAUAAAGAUAAAAGAAGGUAAAUUUUCACCUAUAUUUUAGUCAAAUCCCAUACCAGUACAACAUUAUUCCUAUAAGUGAGAGUCAUUCAGUCUAUUUAAAUGUAUUGAAGGUUGGUUUCCUUCAGAGUACUUUUUUUUUAAUAAUCACUUUUCUCAGAAAAUCUAUUAUGUCCUUUCUUGGACAUUUUCAUUGGUAUGAUAGCAUUGUUCAUAAUUUUUUUCUCAUUUUAUUGGCCACUGUCACCACUUUUCCCUGAUCAAGAGAAACAAGUUUUUUACCUUGUAGUAAUUCGGGUUUUGAAAAUUCAGUGUUCCCUUAUUUUGAUAAUUACCAUUCGCUAGUAACAUUAGUAUUUAUAAGACAGUGCUAUUUUUCAAGCUUGUUAUUUUAUCGUAUUUCCUGAAGUAGGGUGAACUACAACAUUAUUAUUGUUGUUGUUGUUGUUGUUAUUAUUGCCCUGGGGUUUUUGUGAUACAAGUCAGCUUGUUUGUAUUGCUAACUUGCAAGUAUUUCUUUACCUGUGUUGACAUGCUUACUGACAUAAAAGAAAAAACUUUACAGCUUAAUAAUUUCUUUUUUCUAAAUUGGCAGAUUUUUUUAAUGCUUAGUAAAAAUGCAUUAUGUUAUUUUUAAAUACCACAAAACUUUGUGUCAGAAGACCUCAUCUCUAGUGUUGCCUCUGUUUUCAAUGAGCUGUGUAACUUUGGAAUUUUACCUCUUGGGACCUCAGUUUUCUCAUCUGUAAAUGAAAGGAACAAGGGGAUUAGAUCAGGUAGUGUCUCAAAUUCCACCUGUUUCUGAUUUGGUUAUCCCUUGACUAUUUUAUAAUCAUUAUCUAGGCUUACUUUUAUUCUUGUUAUUCUUCCCAUGAACUAUAUUUACUAGAUCAGCCUGUACUGUUAAUGCAAGUUAUACUCAAAUUAAUAGGAUUCAGAUACGUUGCUAAUUUUGUUUCCCAUUCAUGAUUUGAAGUUAUUUUAUUUUAUUUUAUGUUUUUCGGCCAUACUGCAUGGCUUGUGGGAUCUUAGUUCCUCGAUCAGGGAUUGAACCUGGGCCAUGGCAGUGAAAGCACCAAGUCUUAACCACUGGACCGCCAGGAAAUUCCUGAUUUUAAGUAAUUUUAAAGGAGGAAAAUUAUAUUACAGAUAAUAAAAGUAAAAGAAAGGUUACAAAUAAUUGACAUGACCUUUUUUUCUCCCAAGGGAAAAGUCUCCUAAAGAGCCAGCAUAAGCACCUUAAAAUUGACAUACAGAAAAAAAUAACAUGUAAAAUUCUGUGAUCUUUGUUCUCUUAAAUAUGAAUGUAGCUAUUUAGGCUAAACUUUUAACAAAAUGUAUUCAAGGUAAAAUUAGUAAACAAAGCAGUGAUAGCACUGGCCCAUAUAGCUAAUUAAAAAAGCUAUUAGGUUUUACUGACAUUAAAAUGAUUAUAAAAUGUAAAAGGAAUUUAAGAGGAAUGGAUUGAAAUUUUUCUGUUCAAUAACUAUUCUUAAGCUGUAUUCUUAGAUUCAUUGCAUAAAUAUAGUUGCAAGAUUGCCAUGGGCAAGUGAAUGUCCUGCUUUAAAAUAUUGUUAGAGAUAAAUGUGGUGUGUUAUUUUUUAUUUUUUUCUGGCUCUGCAGAAGAUGUUUCUCUAAAGCCUCCUUCUGUAAUAAAAUGUGGAAAUUCUAUUAGUUCCAUCUCUCAGCAGAGUUCUCUUGUAGAUUUAAUUACGUUCUCUGAGAACCAGGCCAAGGAGGUUCCUGUUACUUUUAAAGAUCAUUGUCUUUCUUCUAAUUGUCUUCAUUAGCUCAUAUCAAUCUCUUGAACCCUUGGUCUAUAGAUUUACAGUCUAGGUAUUGGGUUUGGUGUCUGAUGGGUAGAGAAGAAUAAUGGAAAGUUGAUAUAGGAAGGUGUACUGGUUUCUGGUGUGAUUUCUUUGGCUAUACUUGAUUCCUUGUCUUUCACUGGAUCAGACAACUCUCCUGACUUCCAGAAAUUGAAUUAGAUGCCCAGCUUUUCUCAUUCAGACAUGCCUGUAUUACAAUGUUAUUUUAACUGCCUGUUAAAAACAACCACUUUAUUUUCAGUUCUCUGUCUCUUCAUGUUUUGAUAUUACAUUUGUUAAGCUUGAGUCUGAGGUCUAAACAUUUCAUUGAGUAUUUUCUGGGUUUUGAUAAUGGGAUAUUCUAUAAGAUAAAACAGAUAAUCCUAGGGUGAUUUAAUUUAUAUUUAUCCAUCCACUAUUUUUCUAUUUCUCUACCUACUUAUCCCCUCCCCCAGUUUUGAAAAGGAAGUUUAUGUCUUUCUUCCCUGUCUCCCUCCCUUAGUCCUGCCUCAGAUAAUUUUUCUUUGAACUACUCUUGUUGGCAGAAAGAUUUAAUAUGAAAUAAUUCUAUAUUUCUGAGACAAGAUCAACACAGUAGUUCUUUACACUGAGCUGAGGUGUUUGUGUACUUGAAAAUAUUAUGUUUUCUUUAUAUGUGAACUUGAAAUUAUUUUUUUAAUCAUGAAAAGGACUCUAAUUUGAAAAUAUUAGUCUGGAAAUUCUUGUCAUCAGGUGCUAUUUUUACCUUAGCUUGUGAAUUAUCAUAGUAAAUCUGAGUUCUUUAUCAUUCAUCUUUUUAAAAAGUUAAUUUCUCUAAAAUUAUCCCAUUUCACAGAUCUUUAAUACCAACUUCAAACAACUUUUCUGCUUUUAUUUUCAGAAAUGUCAAAUUCUGUUUUCAAGAGUUUUAUUUUUUCAUUGCAGUUUAAACGUAUUGCAUAUGUGAAGGAGUGAUGCAGUUUAGAAAUUUACUUUGGCAUGAUAAAGACAGCAACAUCACAGUCCCUUACUCCCAGUCCCAAAAAGAAAAGUUCAUUUGACACUCAAAAGCUAUUAAAUUGUCUUAUUUUUAUUUGAAAGAGCUAUGGAAACUGUUUCUUCUAAUUUAAACUUUUUAAAUUAGGAAAAUACCAACUUUGCUAUAUUUUAAUCUGUUAAUGAAUUGGGGAUAUUAUUUAUGUAAGUAUAUACAUCUACAAUUUAUUAUAGUUAAUAGUUAUUUCGCUUUCUGUAAUAUACGAUACCUGAAGCUCACAUUUAUUUAAUGUGAGCUUUUUUUUUUGAGACUUUUUUUUGUUUUGUCUUAUUUUCUUAAUGUUGUACAGUAUUGUAUAUGUUAGGUUAUCACAGUCAUCUCAGCAGAAAACUCUUCCAUAGAUGGACUGUUCUUUCUGAGAAUCAGCCCAAGGAGAUUCAUAUCAUGUGGUCAUAGUUGGAUAAUAUUAUUCUGAGCUAUGUGAAGUUGCUGGUUUUGUUGAUCAAAUGUUAACAAUUUCAUAAUAUAUAUUCAAGAAACAACCAAACAAAGAUCCUUUAGAACAGAUGUAAUGACUUCCCAUUUCAACUCUUCUAAUCAACCUACCAGGCUUUAUGAAAGAGACUCAAACUACAGAUAACCGUAGGUCUAUCAAGAAAAUUCUGCUUUGUUUUGCUUUUAAAUUGCCCAGUUUUCAAAGGUGUUUAAUCAAAAUGACUUUGGUGGGCUUCCCUGGUGGCGCGGUGGUUGAGAGUCCGCCUGCCGAUGCAGGGGACACGGGUUCGUGCCCCGGUCCGGGAAGAUCCCACAUGCCGCCGAGCGGCUGGGCCCGUGAGCCAUGGCCGCUGAGCCUGCGCGUCCGGAGCCUGUGCUCCGCAACGGGAGAGGCCACAGCAGUGAGAGGCCCACGUACCGCAAAAUAACCAAAAAAAAAACCCAAAAAACAAAAUGACUUCGGUAAUUGAAGCAAAUAUCUUUCGGGAAUACAUAAGUUACAUACGGCUUUCAUUAAAUCUGUGUGUAGUUUUUAAGCUUUCAUUAUUGAAACAUUUUCAUACAUCUAAAUAUCAUUUAGAGGCAAAAUAACUCCCCUCCCCACCCAAUAUCUAAUAUGGACUCAAAUUUUGCCAGCUACAGAAUUGUGUCUUCUUGAUAGGCGUUCUAAAAUAAUGAAUACUAUUAUGUUAUGUAGUCAACAAAUUUGCCUUAAAGUGCCAUUUAAAGAUUUUCUUUAUGCAUAUGUUUCAGGUUGUAAGAAUUAAAAUAUAUGAGUAUAAAAAAGCAUAUAAAAUUAAGAAGCUCCUACACAGGAAAUCCCCAAUUUUAAAUAGAGCUAUGUUCUAAAAGGUUGCAGAUUGCGUUGUUCCAAAGUCAUGCUACAUCUCCUCAUAUAAAUAAUAUUUUUGUGAAUAAUAAGGGUAACAGAUAGCCAACAAGAGCUGACCUAGUGCACUACAGUAUUAAUCUCGGGGUCUUGGUUUGGAAUAAAGUGUUAGUGACUAUAGCCCUUUCACCUCUCUUAAAAACAAACAAAUACAUUGUUGUUAGCACAGAUUACUAUCAGUUAGUAGAAUAUUAAGCUUUAAAAGUGGAAAUAAUUUAGUGUUGGUGGAACUAUUUUGAGACAAGGGAUAUCAUUUAAAUGACCUAACUUGGGAAUCUGCUCCUCUUGCCCUGAACCCAUGUGAUGACUGAAAGUGCUGUAUAUUUUCAGUGACCUUGAAGAAAGGAGCUAGUCAUUUCUAUUUCAUGCGUCAUAUGAAGUCGGGGCCUUACUGAUCUCACGUUUUUCAGUUCAAAGGCUGUGUCUGGAACAUCCUAGAUAUCCUUCACCCACGCUCUUCUAAGGCUGUGUUUCAGGCUCUGUCUGCCCUACCUUCAGGUAGGCCUGCGUUCCGGCUCUGCUCCUUGAUAUUAAAUUUACAGAUGGGCACUGUCCAUUCUUGUUUUAAAAAAGUCUUGCCUCAUUUUACUGUUAUCAACAAUGACCACCACCUUCUCUUUUUUUCAAGAGAUAUAAAGGUAGAAAGGAUAUUUUUUUUCAUUAUUUUCAGAAACUAUUAUUCUUAAACAGGUGGCACUUAGCAAUUUAGUUUUCAAACUCUAAUCUGAAUUAAGUUGAUGAGGUGAUUCUAAAAUUGAUUCUAAAAUUUUAAUCUUGCUUUAUCAUAUAAACAUCUAGUUAGAAACUUUAUGCUCAUAAAGACUUGUAGUUUGUGGCAUUAGUUCUUCAUGUUUCUUUUUUAUGUAUUUAAAAUCGUUCAUUCAUUUCCAAAUGAGUGGAGAAGUUACUGUUGAGCUCUGUAUAGGACAAGUGCGCUUGAUUAGAGCAUGAAAUGUACUUUCACAUUAGCUGGGUGUGCUUUGCACUCUGCUCUUGUAGAUUUAUUUUGUUUACAGUAGACUGAUGUCAGUUUUUGUAAAUGUUUUUACUUAGCACUUUAACUGUGAGUGUAUAAACUGAUUUUAAAUGUAGUGGUUGUAUAUUUUGGUUAUAAAUUGGAAAUUUGUAAUAAAAUUAAAUGAUUUGUUCUGUA